AUGAGAAAAUACGUUUUAACAGGAGUGGACGGAUACCUUGGUUCUGUCGCUGCCGAUUUUGCACUCACCAUUAAGAAGCCAAACCAGAAAUUAGUCUUCACUUCUUAUGAUCCCGAAAAAAUUCCCGCUGAAACAAGAAAGAGAUACGUCGACGCCGGUGCUGAAGUUAAGCACUUAUCCUAUGACAAUGUUGAUGAGAUGGUUGCAAUCUUUAAGGAUGCAGAAGCCGUUUCGUUCAUCUCAACAUGGCUUAUUGGUGAGGGUCGUCGGAGACAGCACGGAAACGUGAUCAACUCAGCUGUCGAGGCCGGUGUCAAGCGGAUUUGCUACACCUCUUUUGUCGGUGCUGAUUUAGAGAAGGAUCUACCUGUUCUUCCUCAAGAUCACAAAUACACUGAACAAUUGAUUUUCAAGAGUGGUUUGACCUAUACUAUUCAAAGGGAUUACUUGUAUGCAGACAACAUCAUCAACUAUCUUGCUCCAUCGUGGAAUUACUGUGGAGCCAAAUGGCUAAACAACAGCGGCAAUGUUCCUGCUGCUUACGUUUGUCGUAAAGAUUGUGGUCGUGUUCUAGGUGCUCUUCUAAUGGGAAAAGGUGAGCCAAACACUAUCUACGCAAUUACUGGCCCUAAACUUGUCACAGACCAGGAGUACUUCGACAAAAUUUGUGCUGCUUCUGGAUACAAGGGUGAACUUGUUCCAUACACCGAUGAGCAGUUGUAUGAAUACUGGGGAAAGCAAGGAUGUCCACGUGAUGUCGAGGAUGACGCUAACAAAAACAAGUCUCCAAUGAAAUUGGUCAUGGAUGAUUUGGUCUCUACCGGUGAGGUGGUUAGACGUGGUUUGAUGAGUGAAGCUAAUGAUAACAUCAAGAAGCUUACUGGUCGUGAGCCAUCGACAAUAGAUGAUGUCAUUAAGGCUCUUAAGGACGUUUGGCCAAAGAACGAGUAA